AUGUUUUGGCAUCAAAUCGCACAAUUCACGAAGUUCUUCAUGGCCAUCCAGGGACCCAAUGGGGCAUCUCUGGAGGAGAUAGAGACUUUUCUUCGUCUAGAGCAGCCAAAAUUCUCGGCUGCUAACGAUGUUUCAGAGGCUUCCCGCCGCCUCUUUGAGUUUUUCAGGAAGUACCCUGGCUUUACUGACUUCGGCGAGCGAAUUUAUCCAUCUCCUAGUUGGUCUGCGGAAGUAUUAGGGACCAAGAACACGCGACUCUCGGAAGAUGGUGAGCCUGUGUUUCGUGCCGUCGCUGCAUCCUUUUCUCACGGAAUUCUUGCCACGGAAAUUUCUUCAAAGACUAAGCUGGACAGUCGGCAGGUGUCUCGCUUCAUUAAGAUCUUAUCAGGAAACAGACUGGUGUAUUCACUUUCUGUGACACUUACAGGGGCAAUCAAGGACUACUGGGGAACUAACACAUCCAACAUCGUGUGGGCCACCAUCUUUCUUGGUAGGAGAUCUGAUGAAGAGUUGCGUGAAGCAUUUAUAGAGUAUACUCGGGGGUUAAGCAGCUUUGGGGCUCAUUCUCACCAGCCAGAAGGCCAAAAGGCUCCCACUGCCAUGAUGGUGUGUCAGUAUCUAGCCUCUACUGGAAGAGAGCAAGCAUACGAGGACAUCCUAGAUCACUUUAUUAAGGAACUAGGCGUAGAUUCCGCAAAGGCUCGUAAAACUCUCAAUGUUCAGCUUGACACUAUUACGACUGCCCUCGAUAAGGCAGGUGUUCUAGGAAGCUAUGUAAAAUUGGGGGAUACACUGGUAUACUCUCGCUUUUUGACACCCCAAAGUCUCAGUUUCAAGCCUCUUAGUGCAAUCCGCCGUGAAAACAAGGGCUCGCAGAACAUCUUUCAUAUGAGCCCCAUGUCUCCUAUGACAUUUAGCCCCAACUUUCUUUUUCUUACUUCCGCGCAAACCCUUGCAUCAGCGCAGCAAGUCUUACCAUCACUGACCUUGUAUCCCAUUGAUGGAUUUACUCCUAUCGAAGUAAGUCUUUUAAUUCCACUCACUUAUGGAAAUAGGGUAUCUACUGUGACAGAGCUCCUACUUAUAAAGAUUUUUCAGGCUGGAGAAGAAGGCAUUCAGCUUACUAAUUUGAGAGACCAAUUCUGUCUAGCACGAAAGGUCAUGGAAUGGAUUUCAGACGUCCUAGUCUCCUCUUUUCCCGUUGUAAAGUCCGAGGAAUCGGGGGCGUUCAAAUAUUGGUACUUUCCUCAUGGACCUCAAGCUCUUUACACGCCUCUUUUCGACUCCCCUGCGAAGACAUCCUCUGGGUCUGGCUCUAGACGAUCAUUUGAGCGCAAAAUCAGGUAUGGUUAUUCCCGCCUUGCUGGCUUUCUUUCAACUAAUCAUAGUGGCCCCACUAGCUCUGCCCUCAGUGUCAGCUUAUCUACAAAUAGUAUAACUGUUCAUGAGAUGCAUCAGGAGGAAGACUCUCCUCUUAAGCAGACGCUUCUGUGCGCCACACCAACAGAUAAUGCUCCUCAGAAGCCCAGCACACCUAUUCUAACACCUUUGGGCUGCUUCUUUCCUGAUGCUCUCGAGUGUGCCCUUAUAACAUAUGAUACUCAGAGAAAUAUUGCAAUGAGUGCCAAAGCACAGCUUAUUCUCAGCUUCUUUCGGCUCACACCGCUAUACAUCCAGCAAGAUCUUGUCCAACUUGCUUCACUGCUUCCUGCAGAGGUAUAUACCUCCUUUCCACUCUCUUAUGGAUUCAAAGACCUAACAAAGAAAAAGACAGACAGAAAGGUUGUGCAGCGGUCAAUUGAUUACCUUCUGGAGACAGGGUACAUACUCGAGUCUUCUGUGUCAAUAGGCGCAAAGACAUGUACUGUUUACUAUCGUUCAGAUAUAUUUGUAAUGGAUACGCACGAACUUGGUGACUCUCCUACCUCUGGGUUUCUUCAGAAUAUGCCGAAUCUUUUAGAUCGUCUCAAGGUCUACCUAUCCACUCUUCCAACUUUGCUAGCUCGUGACGAGACAGACGCAGGCAUAGGUGCUGACCUCGAACAAGACUACCUUAAUGAUCCUGGCCGAGAAGGUAGUGCAGAGCUGUCCUCUGGGUCUGAGUCAUCUACUCUAUCCUGGAUGACCUCUUGCAUGCCAGAAUUGACUGGUUAUGAAAGCACAGAUGUAUUUCUCCAUGAUUUGAAUAGUCAUGUGAAGCGCUCCAACGUAAAAGUUGUAGUCUUAGCAGGGUCCACACGGAGCGAACAGUCAAUGGCUCAAGUCUCUGCAUAUCUUUCUUCUUGUUCUGAGACGCUUAUGGCUAUUAAGGCUGAUAUCUCUCGCACAAAGAGAAAGUACACUCUGCGCAAGCUCAUGCUCCUGCACAUCGUACUCUUGCAAUCAAUCAAGGACAUGGCUCAUUCAUCUGUGUCUGACAUAUCUCUUUGCGAGGCUCUUACCUUCUCAGAAUAUGCAUACCUGUUUCCUUUCCCAGAAUCUUCUCCCCUCUACCAUCUUUUCUUGCCCUAUCUGCUUUCUUUUCCCAAUACUUUUAUUUAUAAAGUGAGCAAUCCGGCACUUUAUUUAUUGGUGCUUAAUAAUUUUUUUGUUCUAAGAAUGGGAAAAUAUCGUGAGUGGCUCCAGCAUAUAGAUGUUCUUCACUGGUCCAUUGAACAGCCAGAUGCUAAGAUCAAGAAUCAUAUUCAUAGGACGGUUUCGCAUCUUCCUUCGCUAAAGCUUAGUGAUCUUAAGAGACACCCCAUUAUACUGAAUAACGUUUUGUCAGCUCUGUACUCCUCGCUUUACGUAUCUGGCAUUGGGGCCACAAUCAGAGCAGUUCAUGAAGCUGACACCAUAAGCAUAGAGCUUCUGGAGCCCAUCUCUGUUUCUACAGAACAGGAGCUAGUGCUGUUCUGGUCGCUUCUAGAGGACUUUUCUUUGCGCGUGUACAUGGCUUUAAAGCUGUGCACAGAUGAGGGACCAAUAAGCUUAUCCUGCUUGUGCAAUGAGCUAGCUAUCUAUACCCUGAUACGUUCGUGGAUAGUCAAUUCAGAAACACUGGCAUUUUUGAAGGAACGACUGGGUGAUUUAGAUUUUGCCUCCACUAUCCAAUCGUCUGUGUCCAAAGCCCAGGAAGCAGCCAUGUCUCUUUGCGAUACUAUAGGCCAACAAGGUGUCAUUGUUCACAUCAAUGCAUUUAUGGGUGCAGUGCAGAAGGAGCUGCAAAGGCUCUUUGAGGCCGAGGAGUGUAGCUACGCAAGAGCAAGUCUGCAGCACUCUGUCACGAAUCUGCUUAUACUGGACUAUCACAGCUUAGCCACUGCAGCUGUGAGCGAUCUGCCUUUAAAGUACCUAGAUCUUCACUUUGAUGGCUCGCUGGAUAAAGCCUUUGAGUACUAUCGCUCUUCCCAGUGGAACACUUUGCACUUUAUUCUGCACUCUAUGAAGAUCGUCACAUUGGCCUUUUAUGAUUUCCUGAGCCAAUCCGAACCUAAUGACCACAAUCCUCAACAUUGUGUUUACAUUCCCAGUGUUUCUUUGAAGCCCGAAGACAUAGAUAAGAAUAUCCUCAUUCAGUGCGUACCAGAUACCAGGCAUAAAGUACAUAAGGUUCAGCUUUCUCAGGCCCUUGUGGCUCGAGCUUCUGCUCCAGUUUCAUACUGGGUUGAUAAGGUGCUACUGAACAUGAGGCCCAGAGGGGGUAAUUCGUCGUCUCUCUCCAUUAACAUGCAGCCUACUGACAGUAGGGGAACCGAGUACUGCUCCAUGUCCUUGUUUACAAAUAGUCCUUGGCUAUUGGCAUUCAGCACCGAAUCAAUUGCUGCAAUGAAGGCUACAGGAGCAUCAAUCUUUCAAAAGUAUAACAGAGACAUCCAGCGAAUGCGGUCUGCUCGCUCUUCACGUCUCACACCUGCAUUGCAAAGGCAAAGACAUAAGCAGAAACAAGAGCUGCAUCUUCGUGAAGAAUUUGCACUCUUGCUAUGCGAGGAAUCAGAACCCAAGAACCAUCCCACGGAGCAAGUACGUGCGUUGACAGUAGAGGACCUCACAGAGAUGGUAGCACAAUACAGAGCAUCACGCCGAUAUAUUAGCUUGAGUGAUGAUGAACUUCGAUAUUGGGAGCACUGCAUGAUGCAUUAUAUGUCCCUAUUUCGUGUAGUAUCACCAUGGAUGAGAGGAUAUGCUUCUAGCAAGCCCAACAGUGAAGAGGACGGCGUGGUAGCUUUAUUGCAAGAACAAUCCAGUUGUACCUUAACAGCUGUGAUUGAAAAGUACAUAAAAACCAACGCAACAAAGAGGGAUUUUAUCACGUACGGACGGAUAUAUUCAAUGGCCGCGCUUUCUCUUGUAAGCCCAGAGAUAGAUGUCCUCAUAGAUCUUCCAUCAGCUAAGGAGAGAAGCUUGCUCUUAGGAAAGUUCUCAGAUGUAAUUACGUCCAUUGUCCGUAACACCUAUCGAGAAAGGCAACUUUCUGAUCCAUCUGAAACGGUCAGAGUGGCCAACCUGCUGUACUUAUUGACUAAUAAAAUAAACCAAUCUCCGUCUAAAAAAUUACAAUCUAAGCUACUGAUUGAAAAAGACAUUCUUAUCAACUGCAUAAACUCAGAUUCCCUUAAGGUGGAAUUUGAUUUUGAAGGAGCAGCUGACCCUGAUUGCAUAACAUAUGUGUACGACAAGAGAUUCUUUGAUCUUUGGCAGCCCGGUUUUCUCUUGCUGUGCAACGAUAUCGCCCGUCAAUCGUCUGCAAGUCCAGCUACCUGUUAUGAUUGUUCCCACAUGAUAGAUGCGGAGGAGCAUAUAUCUCUUCUAAUACAGUGUAUUUUAUCGUGCAAUAUGCUCCACCAUGCCAACCCUAUCAUAACAUAUAACACAGAUCAGCGCGCUCUCAAAGUAUGUUAUAGUACACACCGUCUUCUUCUAAGAAGAACAGAUUAUACUGAAAAACAAAGUCUAUCACGAAGCGGCGACACCAUUCAAAGUCUCAUUAGCUUCUUGUGCUUGCCUUACUUGUGCAAUGCAAUAAUACACUCUACAAAUGUACUCCUUAACGACACCAGUAACGGGAAAGCAUUAGCGUGUCAGAGGUUGCGGGAUAUUGUGUGCAGUUUUCGCAACAAGGUGAUCUUGCAGCAGCACAAGUGGGCCAGAGAAAUCAGGAUGUUCAUGGCAUGUACGCUAUGGAAUCCAUCUCAAGUUAACAUUACAGCCGAUGGAGCCGCCCUUCGCGCCAUUGAGUCAAUGGCUAGUAAUAGCAUGAGUGACUUUUCUUUGCAAUAUCUGUUGGCAUCUGGGUAUGCUCGACAACAAGAAUACGGAUCUUUGGGGUACUCAGUUUCCAAAACACUACAGAAGCCUAGCCUAAUAUCUGCCGAUAGCCGAAAUAGCUACCUCAGUAAUAUCGAUAUGGGUACAAUGACUGUACACCAUGCCUUUCUCCUCCUACCUUCUAUUCUGUUUGGACUACAUCGUCAGCGGUACCGCCUAUCAGGGAGCACGAUAGAAGAGCUCAGGAUUAUCGAUCCCUGCUCUAUAAUUGAUCUGGAAUUUGGUGAGGAAGAUACAUCAUUCAACCCCGUAGAAGAUAUCCUUGAGACGUAUGCUGGCAUGGACGACGCUGUGAGCGCAAUGAUAGGUGACGCAAUCCAGGGCUUCCAAGAGAUUGGGUUGGAGCUUGUCUGUCCCUUAGUCAAUUUGACUGAAGAUUGUAAUUCUACACAAAAACAAGGCAUAGACAUAUUGCUGCAGAAGUAUAAUGAUACUAACUUAAGCCUGACGCUUUUCAACUGCCCAGAGAGUAAAGAUAUUUUACUAGGCAGCGGUUUCUUCGUCCCUAGACGACUAAUAACUGAAACGGUGUUUGUUCCUCUCGAGACCUUCUUAGCAAGUUCCAGCUAUGAGCAGUUUGCGACGGAGUUUUCUGCCAUCAGCCCUGCAAACUGCUCUAUAGAUUAUGCUGAUGGUAAUAGAUACGAAGCGGAGCUAUCUCUUCGCCAAAUAAUAUCUCUCAUUUCACUUUGUCCUGGCAUAACCUUAGAUCGUUUGUGCACCGCAUGUGUUCCACUGCUUCCCACAACGGUUUGCUUCCUUCUUAAUAUUCUCAUAUGGGACGAAGCUGUCGAGGCAAGGGUAAUGGUUUCUUUGCCCGAUGGGUACUCUGUUCAAAAAGUCAUUUCAGACAUUUUAGUAAUUGAGUCCACUGAGUUUUCCAGAGUGGUUCUAAGCACAAAUGUAGAGCACUUGGCAGACGGACUGUACAAUAACAUAGUGCAGACUUAG